AUGACUUUGUAUGAUAGGAAUAAUUCUAAGUUCCCUAUCGCCGAGACCACGCCUACUGGGUCGUUCUCACUUGGUAGUUAUAGAGUGUCACUCAGGGCACAGACAUGUGAUUCCGAAUAUUUUCAAACACUUCAUUAUCCAUGCUGUCAUGCCUUAGCUUGUUGUGCAUAUUCCCAUCUCACUUGGCAUCUCUAUGUGCAUCAGGUGUAUCGCCUUAGCUCAGUGUUCAGCAUGUAUCAGAUGGAAUUCACCCCUCCGGUCCCUGAGGAUUUUUGGCCACUGCAUGAUGGACCCACAGUCAUACCAGAUCCUUCCAAGAGGCGUGCGACUGAAGGGAGUCCUAGGACCACCAGGAUUCGGACUACCAUGGACGAGGCUGACCCAAACAGACUCAAGAGAUUGGCACGACAGGCUUGGGUCUGGCACGACAUCAAAUUGAAUGACGUAAUGAUCUAUCCGGUUGUCCCAAUGGAGGUGCCAAAAUGGCAAGAUGUAUGGAAACCACCGAUCACCACAUCUGCCAUCCUUUGA